AUGGAUCACAGCUGUGAAGGAACUAUGAAAAAGAUCAGUUUGGUGAAUCUUGGUAAACUUCUAGAUGACUUCUCAGUGAUAGAAAAGAAAAUAUCAAAAAUUAACGAAGCAAAUAACCUACUGGUUCUUCAGCUAGAAAAAUCUAACAUGUUGGUAAAAUUCAGCCAAUCAAGAGAGGAUUCAGUAAAAGAAGAAUGUACUGCUCUACAGAAUGUGAUAAAUGGUCUAACAAAAACUGUUGAGAACCAGUGUAACGUGAAAGAUGAAAAUGAGAGACUGAAGGAUAACAUUCACAUCUUGGAAGAGAAAUUAAAGGCUCGUGAACAGGAAUAUAAACUUCAGAUUGAGAAGCUUUUGAUAGAAAUUAAAAACAAAGAGGAAGACCACAAAUUAGAAAUAACACAAUUGAAUUGUGACAUGAGAAAAAAAAUUGAACUAAUAGAAGUGGAGUAUAAAGAACAAAUCGAGAAAAAAGAACUGGAAAUAUUAGAGUUAACCAGACAGCUGAAAACUCAAGAUGAAGAGAAGCAGAAUGAAAUAAUUAAACUGCAGAUAGAGUUUAAUGCUAAAUUAGCAAGAGUUCAGAAUAAAACUGCAAAACCAUUUUCAGAUGCAUCUGUCUUGCCACAAAGUAUCUAUCGCAGGAAACUGCAGCAUCUCCAGGAGGAAAAAAACAAAGAAAUUGAAAUUCUGCGUAAUACCAUAAGAGACUUGGAGCAACGUCUUAAUAAAGGCCAGGACUUGUACUUCAAACGGAAACGGUUUUGA